AUGGCUCAUAAAUCAGAUCCAUUCAUUUUAGCCUCCCAAGCCAAGCAAGUAUUCUAUGUACAAGACCAACUUGAUCCAAGAUGGUCAGUUGUUUUGUCAACUCCUGAAAGGGACUUCUCAUUUUCAGCAAAGGAUUCUGAUGACUUCAUGGAUAAUUCUAUUGAACACCAUCCUCUCAUUACCACCUUGGCACAAGUUGAAUCAUUUGAUACAAUGGAUGACUCUGAUGUCAUUUGCAUUCGAGGAGACUAUGAGCCAAAGCUUCUUAAGAAACCACCAGCUGAAUAUCAUUUUAUCGAUGAUGAAGAUUGGAAUAUUUUUGUGAAAAAUAGGUUGUCUGAAAAAUUCCAGGAAUAUAGGGAAGCACAAAAACAGAGAAGAAAGAAGCAUAUAUAUAAUCAUCAUCUAAGUAGAAAAGGGUAUGCUGGACUUGAAGAAGAGAUGAUGAUUGAAGCUGGCUCCACAGAAAGCAUUGAUAGGAGUUUACUUUGGAAGAGGGCAAUGCAAAAAAAAGAUGGCAGCUAUGAUGAUGUGGUCCUACCGGUAGUGGAAAAAAUAGAUGAAUUGAUGAAAGAGUCUCAAGAGAGUGGCAUAAGCUAUAGUGGGAGCAAUGACAUACUUUCUCAAGCACUAGGUACUCCUGAGUAUACUGGUCGGGUUCGAGCUAAAGGGAAGCACUACACGCCUGGACGCUAUUUCAAUAGUAUGUCAGAACGUGUUGUGAGGGAUAUUUUAAAAGCAACUCAAGAACGUCAAGCUAAGUUUGAGGCUGAUGUGUUAGCGAGACUAUCUCAGAUAGGAGUUGCUACACCACAAUCCGAUGUGAGUAGUUCCAACAUGAAAUCAAAACUGUUGCUUCUACCAGAAGUAGUGGAGAAACCAAUUCGUAAAGUUGAGGAGGAGACCUUACCUGUGAAAAUAGAACCACACAUGAAGGCAAGAAAAUGUGAGUUGGCAGUAGGGACCAGAGAAAAUACAGUGGCUGGUGGAACAAUUGUAAUGGAUUGUGGUCCCAACUACCUAGUUGUUUUGGAUGCUCCCUAUGAGUCAAAUACACCGCUUCCUAUUCCCAUUCAUGGACAAGCUACAACAGUUGGAGCGGCAGUGGGCUACCAAGGAUCUCAAAAAGGGAAAAGACAAAAAACAACAGAAAAUGACUUGAAAAUUGGUGAAAACCCUCAAGAUAUCAACAAUUUUGAUGCAUUAGUAGGUCUCAUGCUAAAUGAGGGGAAAGCACAAGGUGUGGAGGUCCCAAAUGAUGUAUUUGGCGAGAGUUUUAAGACCUUCCUUAUGAAAGAAGACAUGGAUAUGAUAAUUUCAUUUAAGGAAGUGUCGGCUAAUCGUGUCAUAUAUUAUAUAUGGUAA